CUGUCUUAUCUGUUGGAAAGAGUUCUGUGGGGCUGGUUGGUUUUUUUUCCUCCAGUUGAACUCGAGUCCUUACAUCCAUUCCCAGACCAAAGCGUGAAUGGGUACCCGAGAGCUGAAUGUGGAAUAAAUGCAGAAGUAGAAAAACAACUUGAAAUGGGAAAGAAGUUAUUGGCUGCUGGACAGCUAGCGGAUGCUUUGUCUCACUUUCAUGCGGCUAUAGAGGGAGACUCUGAUAACUACAUUGCUUAUUACAGAAGAGCCACAGUGUAUUUAGCCAUGGGCAAAUCUAAAGCAGCAAUUCGUGAUUUAAGUAAGGUGGUUGAAUUAAAGCAGGACUUCACAUCAGCAAGAUUACAGAGAGGACACUUACUGCUCAAGCAAGGAAAAUUUGAUGAAGCAGAGGAUGACUUUAAAAAUGUGCUCAAAUCCAAUCCUAGCAAUAAUGAGGAAAAAGAAGCCCAGACUCAGCUGACAAAAUCUGAUGAGCUACAGCGCCUGCAUUCACAAGCAUUAUCUGCCUACCAACAAGAGGAUUACGAAGCCGCUAUUUCUCUUCUUGAUGAAAUCUUGGCAGUUUGUGUUUGGGAUGCAGAGCUACGAGAACUUCGAGCUGAGUGUUACAUAAAGGAAGGGGAACCAAGCAAAGCCAUUAGUGACUUGAAAGCUGCUGCCAAAUUAAAGAGUGAUAACACUGAAGCCUUCUAUAAAAUCAGCAGAAUAUAUUAUCAGCUUGGGGACCAUGAAUUAUCACUCAGUGAAGUCCGGGAGUGUCUGAAGCUAGACCAAGACCACAAGCAAUGCUUCUCUCUCUAUAAGCAAGUAAAGAAACUCAAUAAGCAGAUUGAGUCAGCAGAGGAAUUCAUCAGAGAAGGCAGGUACGAAGAUGCUAUCAGUAAAUAUGAUUCUGUAAUGAAAACUGAGCCAGAAGUCCCAAUUUAUGCUACUCGUGCCAAAGAAAGGAUCUGCCACUGUUUAUCAAAGAAUCAGCAGGCUACAGAAGCCAUAAAAGUUUGUACAGAAGUUCUGCAGCUGGAGCCAACCAAUGUGAAUGCCCUCAAAGACAGAGCAGAAGCUUAUUUGCUGGAAGACUUGUAUGAAGAAGGCCUCCUUGACUCAAAUGAAAACAUGGUAUAAAGAGGACUGGUGUGGUUUCAGGCAGUCCUCUUCAUCGGCCAUGUAGGCUGUGUACCUCUGAAGUGACCUAGUCUAGUCCCUCUUUGUGGAGGCUGGCAAGCCUUCCUCCUUAUAAGAAAAAGGGUUGAAGACAACAGCAUUUUGGAGAACUGAUGAUGUUUGUACGAAGGGAUUGCUUAAAAAAACCUGAAGUGUGAGGGGAAAAAUGAUCUUUCUGUUCUUAGAGUAACGUUUUUUUUCAUCUUUUGAUUGUUUAGAACCGCAGUGUCAAUCUAAAAGUAAGGGUAAGGAAGAUUUCACAGUGAUGAGGCCCCCUUUGGGCAUUUCUUCAUCAUCUUCUGUACUUCAGUACAGUGGAAAGAAGCUCAGUCAGUGUUGGGAAAAGUACAUUACAAAACGAAUAAAAAACCCCCACUUCCCUAAAAAUAGUUAAAGGUACACAAUACAGAGCUACAUAGAUAAUAGCUUGUACAAAGGUUUUUGAUUUAAGAGGAAGGAGUAUCAGCAAAAGGAGAAUCCAAAGAAAAUACAAGAUUAUUUUUUCCCUUCAAGGUGUAUGAAUCUUCAGUUUAGAUGAGGGUAGAGAGGGGCAGGCCAAACAGGCCCUGAUGUGAGUCCUCUUAGAUGUACCUCUUGUUUCUUUUUAAUGGACAGCAUUGAUCUGUUUGUUUUCUUGAAAUUGAUGAAUCUCAAUUUGGUUCUUUCUAACAGUUAUCUUCUAUUAAAUCCUUAUCUAUCUCUGGUUCCUCUAGCGUGAGAGGAGCUGGCAGCUCUUGCAGCUUAGAGGGGAAGAAAGUUUUGUAACACGGUCUUGCACGAAUGCACAGAGCCAGCUUUGUCUUGUGCUGGAGCAGGUGCCCCCCUGUGAUGGGAUAUAAGGAAACACAGAAAGGACACACCUAGGAUUUGGGAGAGCUUACUUCCUGGGCUGGAGCCUGCUGGGCUUGGCCUAGCCUGGUUCCGAGUAGACAACCAUGCUAGAGUGGAACCAUACUCUUCCAAAUCUCUGUUGUUUAGCACAUCCCCCGCCUUCCUCCUGUCCUUGGCAGCAGUGAGAUGGUUGUAGUUACACUCUGCCUUCAGCAGAGCCUUCAUAAACAGUAUUACAGUCCAUUAAUGUUAGUCUGCCUGAAGGUGUCUUCACUUAUCCUUCAGUUAUAACUGCUAUAAAGUGAUGGCUGAUUUCUCUCUGCUGUAGAGAACAGUAGAGCAAUUAGAAUUGUAGUCUCCUAUUUAAAGUGGCAAACUGAUUCUCUUCCCUCAAGAAAAUUUCAAGCUGGAGGCACCUAUUUUCCUGUUUUAAAGACAGGCAGUUUUGAAGUACUUGUAAUUCAGAACUUUGAAGGCAUUUAUUGUUAAACGUUCAAGAUGCACUUCAGUAUAUAGAGCUGAGUUCUGAUUCCCAUCAAAUGGUUUUUAAUUACUUUAUAAUCACAUGGGACCCAGGGCUUGUCUGCUGAGGCAGAUGUGUAACAUCUCCCUUUCUGGCUUACCUCAUCAGUACAGGAGUCUGUCUGUCUAAAGUAUAUAGCACAAGUUUUGUCAAAGAAGGAAAAAAAAAAAAA